GAAUCGAAAGGUAUUUUAGUAGUACUAUUCAGUAAUACUCUGUGCUAUUGACAACGCUGCAAUGACAACGUCAAGUUGAAAUGAUUGAAAGUGAAACGAACGAAGUGAUGACAGAAACGAAACUUCAAUUCGGCUGAUAGAAGAAGCACGUAUUGUUGUUAUAAGUUAAAAUUAAAUAAAUUAUUUCGAAAUAUAAAAAUAUUUUGUGAAAAUAUCUUUCAAUUAAAAUAACAGAAUGGGUGUUGAUAUUUUAAGCUUUGCUUACGCUGCUACUGUUGCCGCCGGUGGCAUAAUGGGCUACGCGAAAGCAGGAUCUAUACCUUCUUUGGGCGCUGGUCUGAUUUUCGGCUCGAUCCUAGGUGUUGGCGCUUACCAGCUGAGCCAGGACCCCUCAAACUACACUCUUAUGUUAGGUACUACAUCAACUCUUGGAGGUCUUAUGGGAUACAGGUAUUACAACAGCAGGAAGUUCAUGCCAGCCGGUCUCGUAUUCUGCAUGUCUGUCGGUAUGCUUGCCAAAAUAGUAUUCAAACACGUCAGCGCUCCAUCUGCGAUAGCUUCGAAGGGCUAAAAACUCUGUG